AUGGCACCGCAGCUCCCACCGGAGAUUCUCUACCAAAUCCUGGGAUGUCUUUUCGACGAUCUCCUCUCACUGCGAUCUGCCGUGCGGUUAAGCAAGAUCUGGGCUGAACAUGCCAUCAGCAUGCUCUGGGAGAAACCCCUGGUGUCUGGCGGCCGUCACUACGGAUCGCAGACAGAUACGCGCGGCAUAUCCGCGAAUUGGACUUCCGAGACAAACAAGGGUGGUCAGCAACACGCCCACUUUCACGUCUUGGGCCAGAAGUUGUGCGUGGGUCAGUACAUUCAGCCGGCGCUGGAGGAUUUUACAUUCUAUGGCGCCCAACCCGAGGAGGACCUUAUCUUGACCCGUCUAGGUACUCUCGAAUUGACGGUAGAUUCGAAAGCCGUGAAAUCCUUGGCGGGGGCGAUCGGGUUCAUUCGGAGCCUGACCCUCUUGAUCUGUGAUACCGACCACAGCGUUUUGCCACUGCUCGGGUCGCUCGUCCACCUCCGGGAGCUGGAACUUAGGUAUGACGAGGAACUGAACGUGCUACGGGAAGACUUGCUCGCGCCGCAGGGGUUGAGGCACCUUGAGUUGUUCAAGAUUGACUCGCGGGUAGAUCUCUGGUCCCCCACGCUGACGGACCAAGACGUCACCAAGCUGUGGGCCAGCUGGGUAUACUUCCGAAACCGAACGCCGCUGGACCAAAAAGUAGUCACCAUGUUCCAAAUAAGGACUGACCAGAAGUACAAUGCAUGA